GGACUCUGGGGGCGUGGCCUCCUGGGACCGUGGGCGUGGCCUAGAGGGGAAAUCACCAGAAACGCCCCGGAGGUCCUUGCCCGGGAAAUCGCCUUCUGCGGUGCAAAAGAGACCGACCACGCCGCCAUGCCUCCCUCUGGGCCCCGCGGAUCCCUGCUCCUCCCUCCACUGCUGCUGCUGCUGCUGCUGCCCGCUAUGCUGGCUGUGCCCCUGGAGCGGGGGGCGCCCAACAAGGAGGAGAGCCCCGCGACCGAGAGCCCGGACACAGGCCUGUACUACCACCGGUACCUCCAGGAGGUCAUCAACGUGCUGGAGACCGACGGGCACUUCCGCGAGAAGCUGCAGGCCGCCAACGCCGAGGAUAUCAAGAUGCCCAGAUGGACCACCUGAACCUGCUGAAGCACUUCGAACACCUGGACCCUCAGAAUCAGCACACCUUCGAGGCCCGCGACCUGGAGCUGCUGAUCCAGACGGCCACCCGCGACCUCGCCCAGUACGACGCAGCCCAUCACGAGGAGUUCAAACGCUACGAGAUGUUCAAGGAGCACGAGCGGCGCCGUUAUCUGGAGUCUCUGGGAGAAGAGCAGCGCAAGGAGGCUGAGAGGAAGCUUGAGGAGCAGCAGCGCCGGCACCGAGAGCACCCCAAAGUCAACGUGCCUGGCAGCCAAGCCCAGUUGAAGGAGGUGUGGGAGGAGCUAGACGGACUGGACCCCAACAGGUUUAACCCCAAGACCUUCUUCAUACUGCAUGAUAUCAACAGCGAUGGCGUCCUCGAUGAGCAGGAGCUGGAGGCACUCUUCACCAAGGAGCUGGAGAAGGUGUAUGACCCCAAGAAUGAGGAGGACGACAUGCGGGAGAUGGAGGAGGAGCGGCUGCGCAUGCGGGAGCACGUCAUGAAGAAUGUGGACACCAACCAGGACCGCCUCGUGACCUUGGAGGAGUUCCUUGCAUCCACUCAGAGGAAGGAGUUUGGGGACACAGGGGAGGGCUGGGAGACGGUGGAGAUGCACCCUGCCUACACGGAGGAUGAGCUGAGGCGCUUCGAAGAGGAGCUGGCUGCCCGCGAGGCGGAGCUGAACGCCAAGGCGCAGCGCCUGAGCCAGGAAACAGAGGCCCUGGGGCGGUCCCAGGACCGCCUGGAGGCCCAGAAGAGAGAGCUGCAGCAGGCCGUUCUGCACAUGGAGCAAAGGAAACAGCAGCAGCAGGACCACAAGGCCCCGGCCUCCAACCCCCAGGGACAGCUCAAGUUCCACCCGGACACAGAAGAUGCGCCUGUCCCAGCUCCAGUGGGUGACCAGAGGGAUGUGGACACUUCGGAAAAGAAGUCUCCCGAGAACCUCCCCCCUGAGGGGGCCCAGCCGGAUUCCCAACACCUGUGACCCUUCAGGACCCCAGCCCUCCACCCCCUACCGAGGCAGCUGUGGGAGUAGGAUGAUGUCGUAGUCAGCCUUCUCUGGGGGCCAGUGCCACCAUGGCCUCCCAGGGAGGGGGACAGGGUGGCCUUGCCCACGUUGCUGCCCAUCCAGCCCUGCCAGCCUCCGUGCAGAGCUCUGUCUGUGGCCCUGUCUGUCCCCUUCCCUGGCCUCCUUCUCUGUGCAGUCAAGCACUCACCAGGUCAGCCUAACUUCGGGGAGCCCCCGCCCCGCGGCUUGCUCUCUGCUCUCCCCGAGUGCCUGCUCAGGGCUCCCUCCUACAGGCUUGGCCUCUGCUGCCCCCGGUGGCCACUCCACAGCCUGGCGUCCUGCCUGCUGCUCUGGCCUGGCUUCUGUUGGCUUAUGGGCUUGAGGUGGUCCCUGGAGACCUUCUCCCACCUCACGUGGGACCAGCACCACCUCCGGGACCGUGUCUUCACCGCGGAGUACAAGGGGCUGCAACAGUAGGAGUCCAGACUGUCCCUGAGCCCUGGCUUCCAGCCACCUCGUGGCCAGCCUCCCCCGCCCUCUUGGCCCUUGUCCCUUCCUCACAUGUCCCCGGUGAGUCCCAGAGCUGACCGUCCCUCACCACCGGGUCUGGCCCCGCAGUUUUUGUGGGAGGCCCUGAGGUCGGCUGCCCCCCUGCCGGCCUCUCCGCUCCGCGUCCUGCUUGUGCUCCGGUUUCACCAAAUACACUUUCUGGCCCGAGUA